GAGAAAACAUAAAAAUCCUUCGCAGCUGGACAAGCAGUGUCUCUGGAAAAGCGUGUCGUAAUAAUUACGGAAAAAUAGUAGCCAUUUUCUGCAGUUUACAGUUUCGGAAAAUUCCGAUCGCGUCUAGUGGAGAUUAGCUCCCAGCGACCUCCGGAUUAUAGUCGAAUGUUCGUUUAGAGUAGUGAAAAAAAAGAUCAGCAAAUGGAGAUCGAUCAGAACCGUGCUUUUUCCGAAAAGCUUAAGGAACAAGUGACGGGAUCUUUCGAUCGCAUACGCAAAGCGCUGGAUUUGAGAGAAAAGCUACUGCUGAGGCAACUUUCGGUAGUAGUCCAGCAAUCACAACAUGUCACUUUCCAUUUCGAUAACAUCAAGUUCAUGGACACUGGGGAGGAGGAUUUGGUGGCGAAGAUUCGGACCUACGGGAAGUAUAAUAUUAACAAUUUUAACAUCAUACUUAAGGACCCGUACGAGAACGAGGACUACAUUCAGCCCGUAGAGGACCACGACUUGAUGCAUAAAAGUUGUCGAAGGUUGGGCGUAGAUGAGGAAGAGAAUCCUGAGAGUGAGGAGAUUGUAGUGGAAUUUUUUAACAAUAAGAGUUUGAUUAAGGACCAGGCCGAGAUGGUCCGGGAAUCUAUCAUAAGUAUGGCGCUGAACGAGUCCCGGGAAUUGAUAGAUCGAAAUCUAGGACGAAUAGAGUCAGUGGGCGUGGACGAAGAGUUCGAGCGAAUGAAAAUCGAUUUAACAAACAUAAGAAACCGGGGAAAGUUGACUGGAGAUUCACUUUCUGUUCAAGGUGAAGGAAACGAUGCAGCUGUUGAUAUCAGUAAUAACAAUGCGAUCCAUCUGGUUGACAACAUAGACGGAAUUGAUUCAACAAAGGGUACCAAGCAACAGCAAACCAAGACUAAAGCGUCGCAAACUGAUCUGGACACUGCUGGGCGGAGUGUGAGUUCAGAUUCCAAGAGCAGCCUGGUUCCAAAAAUCAAUAGAGGACCAGAAACAAGCCUGAGGAACAUUGCUUCUCUUACCAUGAAUAACUGCAGUGGCACAAUCAAUCUUAAAAACGUAACGAAUCUUACAAUCAAUGCCUGUCAAGAACAAACUAACCCACCACAAAACCCCAUAGAGCUACAUCCUUCCACGGCCCGUUGUCCCUCGGAAGAAGGCAGUCCUGAGUGCGGUUUUUACAAACGCCUGAUAACUGAAAACAAAAUCCUUAGACAACACAUUCUCAAAACAACCCUUGCCAAUGCCACGUCCACCGAACUCUUCCCUCAAAUUGACUCCAGUGCUUCCAGUACCCGAUCCUCGUCGUCCAACAAUCAGGAUCAGGAAUCCUCCCUAUCUGUUGCAUCCCAUUCGAAAAGUAUUGACACUUCGGAGCUGUCCAACCAAUCUGAAAACCCUCCCGAUAAGCUCGCUCUUGCGGCAGAUGAACUUCGUACCGUCCUAAACCUACCCAAGUCGGACAAAGCCUUCCAGCACAUCCUCGGCGAUCUUUUCCUGCUGGGAUCGACAAACGACCAAUCAACAGCAUCCAAUAACGCUAAAGCGCCACCAUCGGUAGUUGGGGCGACUUCUUCCGGAUCCAAUCAGCAACAACAAGAACACACUAUGCAGAUACAGCAAUGGUUGAAGCAAAUCAUUUCUGAAACAGAAACUGAACCGUUGCAGAACGCUGAAUUGAUGGAGAUAAGUAGGAUCAACAAUUGAAAUGGUCAAGUGGUUUUUAAAUUUCUCAAACGAAACAGACUACUGGGCUAAGGUGGGUGCCUCUUUUUUUAUUUUCCUAUAUUUUACUUUCCAAUAGCAUUCGUUUAUCUCAUAGAAAAGACUUAUAUUUUAUGAUACACAAUUUUAUGCAAAACAAAAUUACUUUUAUCGAGCAUCACGUAUUAUGAUAGUUAGUGGACAUGUUUUAAAAUUAAUCUGUUUAAACACAGAUUGUGAAUUGUAAGGAUUACAAAAUAGAUAAUCAAUUGUUGAAAUCUCUUGUUCUCGAGACUAUCAAACUUAGCACAACUGUCCAUUUUCAUAUUCGUUGCUAUUUAGGACAAGAACCUAAGUAAUACGCAAAUCAACAUGUAUACGUACUUUUAUUCUUGAUCUGUCUUUUAAUCACAUGCAAGAGUGGGUGAAUAUUUUAACAUAAAGCCUUGAAACUGAAUGUUGGUUCACCAUCUUCAUUUUCAAAAGAAAUGUCACAAUUCCUUUCUUUACAACGUGUACAAAUUACUUGUUCCAAAUUUUCUUAACAUUCCAUUUAUUAUUCUUUCCAUUCGAUUUUUAUUCCUUCUUCUAUUUACAAUCUUAAUACCACUGACAGACUUUUUUUUAAAUAUUAACAAAAAUCUUCUUAACAUCGCUUAAGCUUUUAGUUGUAAGGCCCUCGAAUAGUACAAUCGCUAGUUUGUUCCUCUUCGCCCAAGAGAUCAAGCGAAACCACACUAUUCAAAACGAUUUUUAAGUGUAAAAUCCCAUCUGUGAUGGCGCGUUCCAACUGCAGAAGCAGCAAACUAAAAAAAAACCCUGUGGACUGCUUUUAGUGUACCAAAGUUAUGAAGUAUCAAAAAAAUGGGUAAGAGAAGUAUAAAAACGCAAACCCGCAUUUAUAGUAGUUCCGAAUGUAGUGACUAUUUUGUUGAGACGUUACGAAGUUUAUAACAUGAUUUUCUUGGUUGCAUUGUUUUAUUGUUUAGACAAACAUUAAAUAAAAUUUCCCCUUAACUUUCUUAAAAACUUUUUAAAAUAAUCUAGAUAAGUUUACAAAACACUAUCCAUCCCAAACACAUCCUUCCUACCACUAAUGUUUCAAACAUAAUUGUGAACAUCAGCGUUACAUAGUACACGUUACAUACGAGUAAAAUGUGAUUUCCGUUAUUAUUAAUCAUUUGUUUUUUUAAUAUAUCGAUAGCAUUUAGUUUAGAGUUUAUAAUGGAUUACUCGUUCAAUUGAUGAGAAUUGUUUUGGCUUUUAUGUAAGAAUCGCAACCUUUAAAGAACAUUCAAACAUAUAAAAAAAUGUUAAGAAAAUGCGUCCAAAUGCUGCCCUACUAAUGAAUUUACACAGCUAGUCUUUUUAUACGUAACGAUUUGAGAAUCGAUCACUAGCAUUAUGUAUGAAUGCAUCAUAAUGAUUUUUGAACGAAAAAAUCUAGUGAAUCUUGUGCUUAUCCCUAAAUCAACGAAUGGCGUGUGUAAUUCGUUCACAGUUAUCACAAUAUGAUCAAACAUAAAGAAGAACGUAUAUUUUAUGUCAUCUCACCAUCUUUCAAUCAAUAUCGAUCGCACUGGUUUCAGAAACAGCAUCGUUCUUGUGUACUUGUCUCUUAGUAUUAAUCAAACAUAAAAUCGACGAAUCAAGAGAAAUAAAUUUAUCAACUUUGC